GGUGGUGGUGGAGGUGGAGGUAGAGGUGGAGGCUAAAGCCGCGCUACAGGCGGCCGCAGUGGGGCGGCACGAGCUUUGGCUUCGUGAAUUGAAACGGCUCCGCCUGAGGACAGCAGGAGUGGCGGGGUCGCCGCCGUCCGAAAGAUGAGCCGGAAAGCCUGAGGCGGAGACACCCGCCUUGGGGCCCGUGUGCCCGGCUUCCCCGCUCCUGGGUACUGAAAGAUGAAAGAGACUAUACAGGGGACCGGGUCUUGGGGGCCUGAGCCUCCGGGACCCGGCACCACUUACUCAAAUCCCAGGCGAGAGCGUCUUCGUUGGCCUCUACCCCCAAAGCCCCGGCUCAAGUCAGGUGGUGGCUUUGGGCCAGAUCCUGGGUCUGGGACCACAGUGCCAACUAGACGCCUCCCUGGCCCUCGGCCAUCUUUUGAUGCCUCAGCUAGUGAAGAAGAGGAAGAGGAGGAGGAGGAAGAAGAUGAGGAGGAAGUAGCAGCAUGGAGGCUACCCCCUAGAUGGGGCCAGCUGGGGACCUCCCAGCGUCCUCGGGCUCUCCGACCCUCUCAUAGAAAAACCUGCUCACAGCGCCGGCGCCGAGCCAUGAGAGCCUUCCAGAUGCUGCUCUACUCAAAAAGCACCUCGCUGACAUUCCACUGGAAGCUUUGGGGGCGCCACCGAGGCCGGCGGCGGAACCUCGCACACCCCAAGAACCAUCUCUCACCCCAAGAAGGGGGUGCAACGCCACAGGUGCCAUCACCCUGCUGUCGUUUUGACUCCCCACGGGGGCUACCCCCACCCCGGCUGGGUCUGCUAGGUGCUCUCAUGGCAGAGGAUGGGAUGAGAGGGUCUCCACCAGUGCCCUCUGGGCCCCCCAUGGAGGAAGAUGGACUAAGGUGGACCCCAAAGUCUCCUCUGGACCCUGACUCGGGUCUCCUCUCAUGUACUCUACCCAAUGGUUUUGGGGGACUGUCUGGUCCUGAAGGGGAGCGUAGCCUGGCACCCCCUGAUGCCAGCAUACUCAUCAGCAAUGUGUGCAGCAUUGGAGACCACGUGGCUCAGGAACUUUUUCAGAGCUCGGACUUGGGCACUGCAGAAGAGGCAGAUCGGCCAGGGGAGAAAGCUGGCCAGCAUAGCCCCCUGCGGGAGGAACAUGUGACCUGUGUGCAGAGUAUCUUAGAUGAAUUCCUUCAAACUUAUGGUAGCCUCAUCCCUCUCAGCACUGAUGAAGUUGUAGAGAAGUUGGAGGACAUUUUCCAGCAGGAGUUCUCUACCCCCUCCAGGAAGAGUCUGGUACUACAGCUGAUCCAAUCUUACCAGCGGAUGCCAGGCAACGCCAUGGUAAGGGGCUUCCGGGUAUCCUAUAAACGACACGUGCUCACCAUGGAUGACUUGGGUACCUUAUAUGGACAGAACUGGCUCAAUGACCAGGUGAUGAACAUGUAUGGAGACCUGGUUAUGGACACAGUCCCUGAAAAGGUGCAUUUCUUCAACAGUUUCUUCUAUGAUAAACUCCGUACCAAGGGUUAUGAUGGGGUAAAGAGGUGGACCAAAAAUGUGGACAUCUUCAAUAAGGAACUAUUGCUAAUCCCCAUCCAUCUGGAGGUGCACUGGUCCCUUGUCUCAGUUGAUGUAAGGCGACGCACCAUCACCUACUUUGACUCACAGCGAACUCUAAACCGCCGCUGCCCCAAGCAUAUUGCCAAGUAUCUACAGGCAGAGGCAGUAAAAAAAGACCGACUGGACUUCCACCAGGGCUGGAAAGGUUACUUCAAAAUGAAUGUGGCCAGGCAGAAUAAUGACAGUGACUGUGGUGCCUUUGUGUUACAGUACUGCAAGCACCUGGCCCUGUCUCAGCCAUUCAGCUUCACCCAGCAGGAUAUGCCCAAACUCCGUCGUCAGAUCUACAAGGAACUGUGUCACUGCAAACUCACUGUGUGAGCCACAUACCCCAGACCCUUAGCUCGUUAAUGGGCAGGGGAACAAGGGAGACCCUUCCCAAGAAACUCCAGUUCCUUUUUGUUUCUCCACCCAAUUCCCUUUGGAUUUUCAUAUUUAAAUUGUUUGAUUUCUGUAUUUUGUUUUCUUUGCGAGUAUGUUGAUUUCUGAUGGGAAGGGAAUGGCCACAUAAAUGUCCCCUUUUCCCUUUCUAGGGGAAUGUUGCCUUGUGGCCUAGGUGAAGCAUUCAUUCCUCCUUCCAUGUUCUGAGGGCAGGAAAGCAGUGUGGGGGUGGUGGGCACAAAGGGAUUACUGCCUGCCAGAUCUUCAAACUUUUUUUUUAUAUAUAUAAAUAUAUAUAAAAAUGCCACGGUCCUGCUCUGGUCAAUAAAGGAUCCUUUGAAGAUA